AUUUCCUAUAAACGCCAUUUCAUUUUAGUAAUAUUUCUUCCCAAUUUUGGUUACAAACUAUACAAAUUGAAUUUUUGUUAUUUAUUGGUUGGCGGGGAAAUAAUGGAUAAUGAUGUUGAGAGUAGUUUGGAUGGAAGUAUUGAAUAUAGUGAAACUUUUGAAAAUAAUUCAUUAUCAAUAAAACCGAAAUACUACAAACAAACGUAUAGAACCGCAUGGGAGCAAAUGCCCGACUUUAAAGGCUGGUUACGUGGUAUACCUGGACAAUCAACAAGAGCGUAUUGUACAUAUUGUCAGAAAAGUUUACAUGCUCAUCGAUUGAGUUUAUUAAAACAUACAUGUACGAUACGACAUCAAAAAGCAGCUCAAUUAAAUUUCAUCAGAUCUCAGAAACAAGAAUUAGGGGAAUAUAGCGGAGAAUUAGAAGAUAUUGUUAUUGCUGGUUCAAGUCAAGGAGAAGAAGUCGACGUAACAACCGAAUCAAUGGACGGUGAAGUACAUGUUGAGGAGGAAUGUGAAGAAUAUCAAGAUGAGGAAGAAAUAGAGGAAACCGAAGAAGUUGAACAUGGAAUUCAUUUGCGAAAAGUUUAUCAACAACAACCACGUCAACCACUUCCUUUAAUUCAGACAAUGUCGAACAAGCCACCAAUUUCAACUCAUGUUUUGGAUACAUCCAAAGGAACUCCAGUUGCUGGACUUCAAGUUAGUUUAUAUAAAUUAAUCGAAGGCCGUUGGACAUAUAUCAACGAAUCAAUAACAAAUCCAGAUGGUCGUUGUAAUAAUUUCCUAGAACGUGGUGAUUUUUCUGCUGGUCGUUAUAAAUUACAUUAUGAUGUGGACAGAUAUUUUGAAUUACGCAAACAAGAAUCUUUAUAUCCGUUCAUUGAGAUUGUAUUCGAUUGCCGCGCUCCUGUUGAACAUUAUCAUAUACCAUUGUUAUUGACACCUUUUGGAUAUACUACUUAUCGAGGGACGUAAAUACUACGAGUACGUUCUUUUGGAUGGAUAAACAUUGUUUUGGUUUACAGAAUCUACGUCACCCACCUCAUUUUGGUUAAUCAUUCGAAACAUUUAAAUAAAUUAAAGUUUUAAAUUACAUUUAUGUUAUUAUAUAAAGUAUUUUGUUCAAUUAAAAUACUUUAGUGUCAGUCAUUAAAGCAUAUACAGGGUGGG